CCCCCAAAACCACUUCAUCCUAUCUUCACUUUGCUUCUACUAUAUAUCUUUAAAGAACUUGCUUUCUCCUUAUAAAAAACCACCAUUUUUUUUUUCUUUAACUCAGUCAGCAAAACAUUGAACAAUUUUUUUCUAUUGGAUAUUCUGAAAGUCACCAGUUAAAAGAACAUUCUUGAUACAAAUAUAUUCAGGCACUAGAAAUCAAGAAAAUUACAUCAAGAAACAGGAUAUGGCGCUAGACCUUCAUUUCCAAGAGCAAAUAUCAGAGACUGCCUUUGAUGAACGUGGUAGUUCUCCCUUAAAGAAGGGGAAGACGUUUGACAAUGAGUGUGAAGAAGACAAUCUCUCUGUAGGUUUUGAUUGUAACAUUUGCCUGGACGUUGUGCAUGAUCCCGUGGUUACCUUCUGCGGUCACCUCUAUUGCUGGCCUUGCAUCUACAAGUGGAUCCAAUUCCAGAGCAUCCCUUCAGAAAAUCCCGAUCAUCAACACCCACAAUGCCCCGUUUGCAAGGCUGAAGUUUCACAAAAAACGUUGAUUCCGCUCUACGGCCCUGGCCAAGCUACAAAACCAGCUGAAGACGACGUUCCAAGUAAACGCACGGUCAUACCACAAAGGCCUCCAAUUCCAAGAUGUGGGGUCCACACGCACAAUUCACAUCAAUCCCAGCAGAACCCUCGGUCACAUCAGUCUCAUCCUGCCAGCUACAUGGCCCCACCAAUGCUGAGCAUUGGUGGCGCGACAACAAAUGUGUUGCACCCCAUGAUUGGUGAAAUGGUUUAUGCACGGGUUUUUGGAAACGCAUAUCCAAACUCAUAUAAUCUAGCAGGCAACAGUAAUUUGAGAAUGAGAAGGCAUCAAUUACAUGCUGAUAGAUCAUUCGGCAGAGUAUAUUUUUUCUUCUUCUGCUGUGUAGUGGCAUGUCUUCUCUUGUUUUGACCACUUUUUCCUGCUAUAUUGCGUGUAAUUUGUAGAUAACUAGAUAUGAGUACUUCGUUAGAUGAUGAAUAUACGAGCUUGGCUCAAUGUAACAUGUUGUGGAAGCUUUUCAUCUUGAUCGGGCUUAGCAAAAUAGCUAGUCUUCAUCAAGAAAUCAGUUUUUAGAAAGUUGAAUGGGUCUUCCUUUGACAAACUAUUCUUGGUCUUUUUCUUUGUCAAACAUGCAUGUCUAAAUUCCAGAGAAUCUGUCAGCAGUUUGUGUAGUCAUCUAGAAUGUCAAGGGAUGUAAAGUUUUAAUUUCUUUGCU